AUGGCACCGGUUAUCAAGGGACAAAGCUUUACAGCUAGGGGUGUAGCUGCAGGACUGCUCAUCGGAACAGUAAUAUGUGCGGCGAACGUGUAUUUUGGAUUGCAGACCGGAUGGGUGUCCAUAAUGUCUAUGCCGGCUAGUUUAAUGGGCUUUGGGUUGUUUCGGCUGCUGCGGAAACACAUUGAGCUCCCAUUUAGCCCGGUCGAAAAUGUUCUCGUACAAAGUGUUGCAUGCGGAAUGGCUAUCAUGCCACUGGGAUGCGGAUUUGUUGGUGUUAUUCCAGCGAUGAACUACCUGCUUAAACCAGAGGAGAUGGGCCCCAUACAGCUAAGUACUUGGCAGAUGAUUAUAUGGUCAUUAGGGCUCUGCUACUUUGGUGUGGUGUUUGCUGUUCCACUGCGCACCCAGGUCAUCAUCCGUGAAAAACUGAAGUUUCCCAGUGGAUUCAGUACUGCGGUGCUAAUAUCUGUGCUUCAUGCAGACGGAGAUCACGCAACGAAAAAGCAGCUUGAUGCAGCUUCUGACGGCAAUUUUGCUAGUCUGGUACCAGAUGAUGACGAUAUCGAUGUUGAUCAACCUGCAGAAACCGUGGGUGAUGAAAUCGAGCCACCGAAUAACCCAACAUCCAAUCAAGAAUGGGCACAGAAUCUAAAACUUCUGGUGCUUUGUUUUGCUAUCUCAGGUAUUUGCACUGUCCUGACAUACUUUUUCCCUGUUCUUCGAGAUCUUCCUGUAUUCGGGGCGGUGGCAGCUCAGAGCUGGCUGUGGACGUUCAACCCAAGUCUGGCAUAUGUUGGACAAGGCAUAAUUAUGGGAACGGAGACUACAAUGCAUAUGCUUCUUGGUGCUGUCGUCGGCUGGGCAGUGCUGAGUCCACUUGCCAAGUCACAAGGCUGGGCACCAGGUCCGGUUGGUGAUUUUGAGAAAGGGAGCCAAGGAUGGAUUAUAUGGAUAUCACUUGCUAUCAUGCUAGUGGAUGCCGUGAUUAGUCUCGCGUACAUCGCGAUGAAGCCACUCUUAACCCGCACCACUCUGCCAAACACUCAAAGCAGAAUCGUGGAGCUGUACCAUCGCUUCACCGGACAAACCAUGGCAACUUCGGAACAUGGUUAUGAGCCCGUCGACACCGAUGACAAUGACGGCUCCUUGAACGGAGUUGUUAUGGACGUGUCGGAUGCAGCUGGUGAAGAUGCGCCCCGAGCACAACGAAUUGGCCCUGCCACCGUUGGAAUUGGCCUGGCCACCUCUAUCGGUGUAUGCAUUAUCGCGACCCAUUAUGUUUUUGGCGAUCUCGUACCUCUCUAUGCGACGAUUAUUGCUGUUUUAAUGGCUCUUCUUCUUAGCAUUAUGGGUGUCAGAGCUCUCGGCGAAACCGAUCUCAAUCCAGUUUCGGGAAUAAGCAAGCUAGCACAGCUUUUUUUUGCUUUCGUUAUUCCGCAAUCCAACAAGUCUAGCGUUCUGAUCAACCUAAUUGCUGGAGCAAUUUCCGAAGCAGGUGCUCUUCAAGCUGGUGAUCUGAUGCAGGACCUGAAAACCGGCCAUUUACUAGGGGCCUCUCCCAAGGCGCAAUUCUACGGACAGCUUAUUGGUGCAACGUGUGGUUCUGUGCUCAGUGCAUUUAUUUAUCAACUUUACACGACGAUCUAUGAAAUCCCAGGAAAUCUAUUCAAAGUGCCAACUGCAUAUGUCUGGAUUUUUACAGCACGCCUCGUUACUGGCAAGGGGUUGCCACCCAUGGCUAAAGAAUGGGCGAUCGGCUCUGCUGUUUUGUUUGCUUGUAUCACAAUAGCUCGGGCCAUGUCUACUGGGCACCGCUGGCGCAAAUUCCUUCCAGGCGGCAUUGCCGUGGCUGUUGGAAUGUAUAAUGUUCCCUCUUUUACUCUGGCUCGGGCGGUUGGUGGAAUUGCUGCAUAUGUUUGGACGCAGCGUCUAAAAAACUCCACGACACCGCUUAUUAUUCUUGCCUCUGGAUUUAUUCUCGGAGAAGGGUUUCUGAGCAUCGUCAAUCUUUUUAUGACUGGAUUUGGCGUGCCUCACUUCUAG